AUGGGCGGGUUCUGCGGCCUCACAUUCCGCGGCUGGGGCGCCGGCGGCGGCGGCGACGGCGACGGCUUCGGACAGGGCUUGCACUCGCCGCACGCCAGCGGCGGCGCCGGGGCGCACCUGCCGCUGAUGUCAUCGCCGGACCGCGGGGUACUGUCGUCGGGCUUUCCAGGCGGCAACACGCCGCGCAUGGCCACGCCCGCGGGGCCGCUGCCUGACUGCCUGCUGCUCCAGUCCUCGGCCCCAAACGUCGACUACUCCCGCCCCAUGGCCGGCCCUACGGCCCUGAUCGCCGCCCUGAACCAGCGCCGCAGCUGCGGCGCCGCAACGCCGCCCCGCUCGCCCGACCUCGGGCCCCCGCCGCCGCCCGCCGCGGCGCCUGUGGCGGCGCCGGGCGCGGCGCGGCGCGCCGACUCGUUCUGCCCCUGGAAAACUGGCGAGGCGUCGCAAAUCGCGCCCGCGGCCCCCUACCAGAUCGCGCCCCCGCCCGACGCCAGCCGCUCUGCCGGAUCUGUGGGCACCGCCUCGUCGGCGCGCUUCCACACUGGCAGCACCGCCGCCAGCCGGGACGCGACAGUGACCAUCACGUCAGCCGGCGGCUCCUCCGCCGCAACCCCUUCUUCCGGCGGGGGCGCGGGCGGCGGCUCGAAGGCAACGGGCAGUCGGGCGGGGGCGGAGGCGGCGGCGGCGCCGCGGGUGGUGAGGAUGUUCCUGCAGGUGGCUGUUGUGGCGGACCCUCACCAGACAAGCAGGAGGCACGAGGUGAUUCGGCUGUGGCUGGUGCCUGUUGAGGACGAGGCCCAGGACGUGCACCGCUCGGGCUCGGGGCACGGCGGCGGCCCGCGCGGCGUUGAGGUGAUCCUGCCGAGUGACCCGGCGCGCAUCGGCGUUGACCUGUCCAUGUCACUCGCCCGGGACCUGCAGUUCCCAGUCUACUCCUUCAUUGGGGCCGGCGCCUUUGGGCAGGUCCACCGCGCCAUCCUUAGGGGCCACAUCCCUGUGGCUGUCAAACUUCUAACCAACAGCAGCCCGGAUGACAGCGUGGCGUCCAGCCUGGUUGAGGAGCUGCAGAUCAUGAGCCGGGUGCCAGAUCACAGGAACAUCGUAAAAUGCUACGGCGGUUCAGAGCACCCCCCAGAGGUGUUCAUCGUGGAGGUGAGGCCUGAAUUCCUGGGGGCACUGGUUGCCCAGGAUCUGGCGGCGGUGACAGAUGCGGUGAUUGUCUCGUGA